AUGUCCUAUCCGCCACCUCCAGGUCUCAAACAGACUCCCACCUCUCUUCCACCUCGACCUCCUCCUUCCAACAAUGCAUCCAAACCAUCGGGCUACAGCGCCUUUACUGCGUUCCAACCGCGCGCCGUAGCUUCCACCCAGGCACAGUCGCAGCCUUAUCGCACCCACAGCCCAACCAUCUCGGCGCCACCCGUCUCGUCCACUGGCUAUGCAUCUCCUGCGACAGGCUAUGGCAAUUAUUAUCAGCAGCCACAAUCCCAGUCCUACCAGGCGCAACCGCAGUCCUAUCAAAGCGGGCCCUCCUACUACGGCACGGGCGUCCCGCAAAUCCAAAACCCGUUUGGCUCCACCCCAAAUCAACCUCAUGGCGCUCGGCAUGGACAAAAUCCUGGCAUGGACCCAGAGACCGAAGCCCAGAUCGCACAAUGGCAGAGCGCCUACUCCAACCCUGCCGAGGAGGUCGGCAAGCCGCAGGGCUCUAGUGCCGUGACACCAUCCGCUGUCGGCACCCCCAUCCCUACUCCCCAGCCGGAGCCCGAAGCCACUGUCGCUCGAUCCGGUGGUGGCCAGACGUGGACCGACUCAUCUCUGCUGGAAUGGGACCCAGCGCAUUUCCGGCUGUUUGUUGGCAACCUUGCGGGCGAGGUGACCGACGAUUCCCUGUUGAAAGCGUUCGCACGCUACUCGUCGGUACAAAAGGCACGCGUGAUUCGAGAAAAGCGAACACAAAAGAGUAAGGGGUAUGGCUUCAUCAGCUUCAGUGAUGGCGACGACUACUUCAAGGCCGCGCGUGAAAUGCAGGGCAAGUAUAUCGGAUCUCACCCCAUUCUGCUGCGACGGGCCAACACCGAAGUGCGUCCCGUCUCGAACAAUAAGAAUCAACGCAAGAACAAUAGCGGCGGUGCGCGUGGAGCAGGGUCGAAGGUGAAACCAGACGGAGUGAAGAAGCCCGGAAAGACCAAAGGCGGCUUGAAGAUUUUGGGUUAA